AUGAAGGAGGCGAAGGAAGUGAAGGAGAUGAAGGAAGUGAAGGAGAUGAAGGAGGCAAAGGAAGUGAAGGAGAUGAAGGAAGUGAAGGAGAUGAAGGAGGCAAAGGAAGUGAAGGAGAUGAAGGAAGUGAAGGAGGUGAAGGAGGCAAAGGAAAUGAAGGAGAUGAAGGAAGGAGAGGAGGUGAAGGAAUUGAAGGAGUGGAGGAAUGAAGGAGGUGGAGGAAGUGAAGGAGAUGAAGGAGGCAAUGGAAGUGAAGGAGAUGAAGGAGGUGAAGGAAGUGAAGGAGGUGAAGGAGGUGAAGGAGGUGAAGGAGGUGAAGGAAGUGAAGGAGUGGAGGAAGUGAAGGAGGUGGAGGAAGUGAAGGAAGUGAAAGAGGUGAAGGAAGUGAAGGAAGUGAAGGAGGUGAAGGAAGUGAAGGAAGUGAAAGAGGUGAAGGAAGUGAAGGAGGUGGAGGAAGUGAAGGAGGUGAAGGAGGUGAAGGAGGUGAAGGAAGUGAAGGAGGUGAAGGAGGUGGAAGAGGUGAAGGAGGUGAAGGAGGUGAAAGAGGUGAAAGAGGUGAAGGAGGUGAAGGAGGUGAUGGAGGUGAAAGAGGUGAUGGAGGUGAAGGAGGUGAAGGAGGUGAAGGAGGUGAAAGAGGUGGAAGUGAGGGUGAAGGAGGUGAAGGGGAAGGAAGUGAAGAGGAAGAAGAGGAGGAACACAACUGUUUGA